UUUACGCUGAAACUCUUGCUGUUAUAAUUACUCUCUCAUCUUUCUCUCUCAAAAAAAACCAACCUUCUUUCUUGCAUGCAUUCUCACCUUCACCUUCUUCCUCUCAAAUUUUUCACCCUUUAAAUUAAAAUAAAAUAAAUAACAACAACACAAGUUAAAAAAACUACCCUUAAACAGUGUAGUUUUGAUCCAUUGUUUCAAAAGAAAACGUGGUUUUUGCAAGUCUUUGAGAUGAUUUAAUUUUAAAAAAACCGUUAUCUAGAAACAGAUAUUUUUUUCCCUUCACAUUUAGCAUUCUUUGUAUUUCAUCAUCUUUAACAAAAUGGCUCGUGCUAGUACUACUUCUACUAACUCAAAUAACUGGUUAUCGUUUUCACUCUCACCCAUGGAAAUGCCUCAGUUUGUUCAAUACGACGCCGCUUCAUCUGUUACCAACUCGUCUCAUCAGAAUCACCAUCACUAUUUUCUUGAUAAUAUGUAUACUAAUGGAUGGGGAAACGGAAACUCGAAGUCGGAAGCUGAAGCACAAGAACAAUCGAUUUGGUUUAUGGAUUCAUCUAACGGUGUGAACCACCACGCUCCGCCGCCGAAGCUGGAGGAUUUUCUCGGUGACAGUCAGACGGAGACGCAAGAUUCUUCUCUUACACACAUGUACGAUCAACAACACCAACACCAACACCAUCAUCAAGGUUCUACUUACUUCGGUGGGGACCACCACCAUCAACAACACCAUCAGCACCAGCAACAGCAACAGCAUCAGGAUCUUAAGGCCAUUACUGGCUUUCAAGCUUUUUCAAACAACUCAGGUUCUGAAGUUGAUGAUUCUGGUUCAAUAGGAAAAUCACAAGCUGCAUGUAACGAGUUUGGAACUCAUUGUGUUGAGUCAGGUAACGAGUUCGCUUACUCCACCGCCGCCGCAACCGCUAGUGGUGCUUUGUCUCUCGGUGUUGCUCAGAGUUCUGAAGAAACUGCUAUCGUUGUUGCUGAUUCAGAUAGCUCGAAGAAAAUAGUUGAUACUUUUGGUCAGCGAACUUCGAUUUACCGUGGUGUCACUAGGCAUAGAUGGACGGGUAGAUAUGAAGCCCAUCUAUGGGAUAACAGCUGUAGAAGAGAAGGUCAAGCAAGGAAAGGGCGUCAAGUCUAUUUGGGUGGAUAUGACAAGGAAGAAAAGGCCGCAAGAUCCUAUGAUUUGGCUGCUCUAAAGUAUUGGGGCCCUACUGCUACUACCAACUUCCCUGUUUCCAAUUAUGCAAAGGAAUUGGAAGAGAUGAAAGUCGUAACAAAGCAAGAAUUCAUUGCGUCAUUGCGAAGGAAGAGUAGUGGCUUUUCAAGAGGAGCUUCCAUCUAUAGGGGUGUUACUAGGCAUCACCAACAAGGUAGAUGGCAAGCAAGAAUUGGCCGUGUUGCCGGAAACAAAGACUUGUACUUGGGAACAUUCGCUACUGAAGAAGAGGCUGCUGAAGCAUAUGACAUUGCAGCCAUCAAAUUCCGAGGAGCAAAUGCUGUAACAAACUUCGAGAUGAACAGAUAUGAUGUGGAAGCUAUCAUGAAGAGUUCUCUUCCUGUCGGCGGGGCAGCAAAACGCCUGAAACGUUCUCUGGAAUCCGAACAGAAAGCUGCUGCCAUUAACAACAUUCAGCAGAACAAUCCUCAGCAGUGUGCAGUUAACACCAAUAACAGCAACAGCAACAACAUCAAUUUCUCAGCCAUUCAUCAUCAUCAGCAGCAGCCAAUGACUUCAAUCCCUUAUGGAAUACCAUAUGAUUCAAACACAGCUUAUUAUCACCACAACCUCUUCCAACAUUUUCAUCCCAAUUCCAAUGAUGGCACUGCAGAAUCUGUUGUUACUUCCACCAAUGCAGGAAAUGGUGGAGGACUCAAUGCUAUGCCACCAACAUCAGCAGCUGAGUUCUUUUUAUGGCCUAAUCAGUCUUACUGACUCUGAUUAGUGUUAUUAAUUAGAUUUAUCUUUUCCUAAUUUCUUGCUUUGCAAACUAAUCAAAGUCUAAAGCUAUAAUCUCUGGCACAGUUUCAGCUGACCCUCUUUUAUGAUCUCCUCUAUAUGAUUAACCCUUUAGGAACUAAUCCAAGAUAUGAGGUUUUUGAGUUUCUAAUCUUAGUUACAGUGGGAUGCUGGAUUAUGUAACUAGUUAACUUCUCAGAUUAUGAGGAUUAUUUUUAGUGGUGCAUAUUAUAGUUUUGCUCAA